CGGCCACUGGCUCCUGCACCGGCCGGGACUGCGGAGUCUGAGGGGCACUGUGGGACGCAAUGGCUGCGUGGAGCCAGCGGCUGGCCGGCGUGCGUGGGGUGCUGCUUGAUAUCUCGGGCGUGCUAUACGACAGCGGCGAGGGCGGCGGAAGGCCGAUCGCCGGCUCCGUGGAGGCGGUGGCGAGACUGAAGCGGUCCCAGCUGAAGGUGAGAUUCUGCACCAACGAGUCCCAGAAGUCACGGGGGAAGCUGGUGUGCGUGCUGCGGCGACUGGGAUUCGAUAUUUCCGAGGACGAAGUGACUGCCCCGGCGCCUGCUGCCUGCCAGAUCCUGAAGGAGCGAGGCCUGCGGCCACACCUGCUGGUCCACGAUGGAAUCCGCUCAGAAUUCGACCAGAUUGACACAUCCAACCCAAACUGUGUCGUGAUGGCAGACGCCGGUGAUGGCUUUACAUAUGAGAACAUGAACCAAGCCUUCCGGGUGCUCAUGGAGCUGAAGCGGCCCGUGCUCAUAUCCCUGGGGAAAGGGCGUUACUACAAGGAGACCUCCGGCCUGAUGUUGGACGUCGGUGCCUACAUGAAGGCGCUCGAGUACGCCUGUGGCAUCGAAGCCGAAGUGGUGGGGAAACCUUCUCCUGAGUUCUUCCAGUCUGCCUUGCAAGCCAUGGGGUUGGAAGCUCACCAGGCCGUCAUGAUCGGGGACGACAUCGUGGGUGACGUGGGCGGUGCCCAGCGGUGUGGAAUCCGAGCGCUGCAGGUGCGCACCGGCAAGUUCAGGCCCAGCGAUGAGCACCAUCCAGAAGUGCAGGCUGAUGGGUACGUGGACAACCUGGCCGAGGCUGUGGACCUGCUGCUGCAGCACGCACACAAGUGACGCACGGGGGCGGGGUGACAUCUGUCUCCUCCCACCCUGACCCCACCCCCACCCCUGCUUUCUGCCCUGUGCAGGCAGGUGAGGGCCACCCUUCCUCCCACACCACCUAGCCUCCUGGACAGAUGGGUGUCCCUUCCAGGCUCCAGCUUCCCUGCCUGGGCUGAUGGGCAGGGACACCCGCGGGCUCAGGCAGGAAGGUGUCUCAGGGAGCACUCUGAGUCCUGGAACACUGCACCUAGCACUCACGCCUGCAGCAGGCUCCGCCCACUGUCUGCAUCAGAUCCGCAUGUGUGCAAGGGGCUGGGAGGACUAGGGGGCCCCCACACCCCCGCUCAGCAUGGCCAGUGAGCUCUCUGCCUCCCAACAAUGGCUGGCCUCUGUGGAAGGAUGCUGGGGCUGUUCUUCCUGCUGGGAGGGGUGCUAACCAUGCAACCUGGUCAGGCCAGAGUGUGUCACACCCUGCACCUACGGGAGGAAGUGACACCCCAAUAAACUUGGCCUGCAGCAGCACCCUUGG